AUGGCUUCCAGGCUACUAUUCUUUUGCGCAGUUUUAGUUUGUACGACGUCAGCCCAAUUUCUGCCGUCACGGAUUCAGCCACCACUAUGUAAUCAAUUACCAAAGAUCUGCAACUCACCUCCCAAGAUCUGCGACUCACCGCCACGGAUCUGUGAUCCACCAAGAUUGAUAAACCAACCACCGCAGAUAUGUGACUCACCACCACGAAUUCUGAACCCAGCUACACAGAUUUGUGAUCCGCCUACAAGACUAUUUAACCCACCUUCACUUUGCGAUCAACCUCCACGUCUGUUUAAUCCGCCACAAAUAUGUGAGUCACCGCCUCGAAUCUGCGACUCACCGCCUCUUAUUUACAACCCACCUCAAAUAUGCGAUUUGCCACCAAGGAUCUGUGACCAACAACCACGUAUCUUGAACCAACUUCCCCAAGUCUGUGAUUCACCACCUCGUCUAAUUAAUCCACCGCAGAUUUUAAAUCCGCUACCAUGUGACCCACCACUACAGAUCUGCAACUCACCUACGAAAAUCUGCAACUCGGAAACCCAAGUAAUAGUCGACAAUUCUCUUUCUACUGCUCUCGCGAAUGCCUUGCAAAUGUUACUUAUGAAUAAUCUUAUUGAGAAAUCAAUGAAGUUACCCUGUGGAUGCGAUUCCAUUCCUGUCCAAGGUCAAAUCUAUCCUCCAAUAAUUGAUUAUUUAAAUCCUCAAGUGGAUUAUAUUAAUCCUUAUGCUCCUUGUGAGCCUAUAAUUACUCCAUGUGAAGUUAUACCUCCGUGUCCAUGCGAGCCUGUUGUGGAAAUUAUACCCAAUGUUUAUUAUCCAGAAAUGAUGCCAGUACCCAAUGUAGGAUGCGGGUGUGACCCCAAUUUCAUAGGCAUACCAAAUUAUGCGUGCGGAUGUGACCCCAAUUUUAUAAGUGUACCUAAUUAUGGGUGCGGAUGUGACUAUGGACAGAAUUAUGGUGUGCCUUAUGGAUGCGGAUGUGAAGUGAGUCCUUAUGGUAUACCAAAUGUGGGUUGCGGAUGUGGGACCAAAGUUGGCAAGCAGAAUAUUGGUGAGCUGUUAGCCGGUGUGUUAGGAUCGAGAUUUGGUUGUGAUGGAGGUUUUUCGCCUUGUGGGUGUUCAAACCUGGAUCCUAUGAGCCUUUUGGAAUCCUUUUUGCCUUGCAAUAAAUAUGGCAUGUUUUGAUCCGGUA